AGAUAUUGAUGGUAUUCGUGAACCUGUUUCUGGAUCUCUACUUUAUGGAAAUAAUAUCAUUUCAGGUGCUAUUAUUCCGACUUCUGCAGCUAUAGGGUUGCACUUUUAUCCAAUAUGGGAAGCAGCAUCCAUCGCUGAAUGGUUAUACAAUGGUGGUCCUUAUGAACUAAUCGUUCUACAUUUUUUACUUGGUGUAGCAUGUUAUAUGGGCCGCGAGUGGGUCCGCUUGGGUAUGCGCCCAUGGAUUGCUAUUGCGUAUUCAGCUCCUGUUGCAGCUGCUACCGCCGUUUUCUUGAUCUAUCCAAUUGGUCAAGGUAGUUUUUCUGAUGGGAUGCCCUUGGGAAUCUCUGGUACGUUAAAUUUCAUGAUAGUAUUCCAGGCUGAGCACAACAUUCUUAUGCACCCAUUUCAUAUGUUAGGUGUCGCUGGUGUAUUUGGAGGCUCCCUAUUCAGUGCUAUGCAUGGCUCCUUGGUAACUUCUAGUUUAAUUAGGGAAACUACCGAAAGUGAAUCGGCUAACAAAGGUUACAAAUUUGGUCAAGAGGAAUAAACUUAUAAUAUUGUAGCCGCUCAUGGUUAUUUUGGCCGAUUGAUUUUCCAAUACGCAAGAAUUCUCGUUCGUUACACUUCUUUUUAGCUGCUUGGCCUGUUAUAGGUAUCUGGUUCACUGCUUUAGGUAUAAGCACCAUGGCAUUCAACCUAAAUGGAUUUAAUUUCAACCAGUCUGUAGUGGAUAGUAAAGGCCUUGAAAGGCC